AAUGAACAACCUCCUCCAGAGAAAUGGCUGCUCACAGGUGCAGCUACUGUUCUUGGCUGUUUAUUCUUUUUAGUUUGUCGGUGUUUGUGAUCGCAGACAUUCAUGAAACGACGGCAGUUAGUGACCACCACGUAGGCGUUAGCGAUAAUACACAAACCGAAACAGCUGACCAGCCCACGGUGGAAGAGCGACAGUGGGAAGCAACCGAGGUUAAAGAAGCCGCUCCAGAUAAUGUUGCGGCCGACACUCAGGGCACUUCUGCCCCUGAAACCAUGGUUCCUUCAUCGGUACCACAGCCUAAAGACGACUUCCAAGAAGAGCUGGUCAUCAGACCGCUGCACUCUGGAGAUAUUUAUGCCAGCUUCCAGUUCCGCACCCUGUGGGACACCGACUUCAUGAGGGACAACAAAGUGUCCCACUACCGGCUCUUUCCCAAGUCCCUGGGUCAGGUCAUCUCCAAGUUCUCAGUGCGAGAGCUGCACAUCUCUUUCACGCAGGGCUACUGGAGGACCAUGCAGUGGGGACAGCCCUUUAUAUCAUCUCCUCCUGGAGCUGAGCUCUGGGUUUGGUUCCAGGAUUCGGUGACAGAUGUGGAUGCUACAUGGAAGGAGCUAACUAAUGUUUUAUCAGGCAUCUUCUGUGCAUCACUGAACUUUAUUGAUUCCACCAACACCGUUCAGCCCAGUGCCUCCUUCAAACCCCUGGGAAUAGGCAACGAGACAGACCACCGCUUCCUUCGCUACGCAACCCUCCCGCGAGAAAUUGUUUGCACGGAGAAUUUGACACCCUGGAAGAAACUCCUGCCAUGUGGAUCCAAGGCUGGUCUCGCUGUCCUUUUGAAGUCAGAGAAACUCUUCCACAGCAGUUUUCAUUCCCAGGCAGUGCACAUCCGGUCCGUGUGUCAGGACCGGCAGUGCAAAACCACAUCCUGGGAGCUGAGACAGACACUGAAUUCAGUCUUUGACCUGCACACCUCUGGACAGGGCAAACGAGAGUGGUCUUUGUUCAAGAUGUUCUCUCGGACCCUGACAGAAGCUUGUCCACUGGCCUCCUCCAGUAAACUGUAUAUCGACAUCACAGACAACUCUCAGGGGGAGCAGUUUGAGCUCAUCCCAGCCACUUCCUUGCUGAGCCAGGCAGUGGUGCUAGGAGACAGACGGACCUUCUCUGUGUACGAUCUGACUCAAGAAACCACCUUUGGCUCUGUGCGCUCCCUCAACCUGCUAAUUCGCUGGAAAUCCAGUGACAUGCUGCGCCCCUUGCUCCAUGCUGAGCGUUACGUGGCUGGAUACGGGCUGCAGACAGGAGAGAUUCACACGUUAAUGUACAACAACCACCCCUACAGGUCUUUCCCUGUACUGCUGCUGGACUCUGUGCCUUGGUAUCUUCGUCUGUACAUCCACACACUCAGUGUGACCAGCAAGGGAAAGGACAACAAGCCCAGCUACAUCCACUAUGAGCCAUCUAAGGACCGUGUGAGGCCUCACCUGCUGGAGAUGCUGAUCCAACUUCCUCCUAACUCUGUUACUGAGGUUACAGUGCAGUUUGAGAGGGCUCUGCUCAAAUGGACUGAAUACCCACCUGAUCCAAACCACGGCUUCUAUGUUGGAUCUUCAGUUAUUAGUUCUCUUGUACCAAGCACUGUCGCCAUGGAUACAAACAGCACUCAGGAGCGACCACUUUUCAGCAGCUUUUUUCCCUGUAAAGAAGAGUCCAGCUACUUUGUACGCAUCUACACAGAGCCUCUGCUCGUCAAUCUGCCCACUCCAGACUUCAGCAUGCCUUACAAUGUCAUCUGCCUGACGUGCACUGUAGUGGCUGUGGGCUAUGGCUCCCUAUACAACCUGCUAACCCGGAGCUUCCAGAUAGAAGAGCCCAAUCCAGGACUGGCCAAGCGGAUAGCUAACGUCAUCCGGAAAAUGAGGGGCGUCCCGCCACUCUGAGGCCUCUUGAGCAUGUCAAGUGGCACCUGUCCUUUUUUGUUGAAACUACUGGAAAAUAUUUAAUAUACAGGGAAGAACUGGGUCACGUGGUGAUAUGAAUGUUUUAAAAACAUGUUGAACAUUAAUCCAUCUAAAGUCAUUUCUUGCUGCCUAAGGAAAGAAAAAUGGAUGGGAAGUUGAAGAUUUGUUCUUGUUUGAUAAAUCGGAGGAAUCAAAGCUGUCCAGUGAGCUGUGGUGAUAACUCCAUCUGUGUUUUGGGAUUAUUUUUUUUCCUGUAUGAAACCAAAACUCCAUUACAUCAUAAUGUAGCCACACUGUCAUUGAGGCAUACUGUUACUGAAACUGUAAUAAAAUUAGGUUAUUCUGAUUUGAUAGCUCGCUGCACUCUGAAAGCCUCUGAGCUCACGUGGAAAGAUUAUCACCUUUGGUUUCAAACUGGUCUUCAGACUUCUUUGAUUCUGUAUCUCCCAAUAAGGAACAGUGAGAUAAAAUGAUGAAAACCAACUUUAAAAAAAAUCCUAAGCAGGUUAUCACUUAUUUUGAAGUAAUUCUAGUAGUUCUAGGUAAAAGGAGUACCCCUUUACCAAAUAUUUAUUUUGCACUGAUUUUUGGUUGCAGUUUGGAAUGGUAACUACAGUUGUUGAAGCAUUAG